AUGGCGUCACUGACAGUCGUGGUCAAGCACCAGGGCAAAAAGUACGACGUCGAAAUCGACUCUUCAUCGACCGGCGAAGACUUCAAGCUACAGCUCUUUAGUCUUACUAACGUUGAGCCCGAACGCCAGAAGAUCCUGAUCAAAGGCGGACAGCUCAAAGAUGAUGCCGACAUGACCAAGCUGGGGCUUAAGCCUAACCAGGUAAUCAUGAUGAUGGGCACUCCCGGAUCGGGCGGCGAUCAUCUUGUACGACCCAAGGAUGGUGUAAAAUUUGUUGAGGACAUGACGGAAGCCGAACAAGCCCAGCAAGUUGGGGCUACCCCGGCUGGCUUGAUGAACCUGGGAAACACCUGCUACUUGAAUUCGACUCUCCAAACGCUGCGAUCUAUCCCCGAACUACAGACCUCGUUGCAGAAAUAUACGUCCAACGCGUCUGAGCUGAUGGCCGGUAUUGCUACGGCCGACUUGGCUGCUCAGCUGGCGAGCCUGUACAAGAAAAUGAGCGAGACGCAAGACGCAUUUCCGCCCAUGAACUUCCUUAACGCUUUGAGGGUUGUGUUUCCCCAAUUUGCAGAAAAGGCCAAAUCGAACAACGGCUACGCCCAGCAAGACGCAGAGGAGGCCUGGUCGCAAAUUGUUCAACAACUGAGCCAAAAAGUCAAGAUCAAGGAAUCAGAUGAUAUGCCAGAAAUCUCCUUUGUGGACAAGUACAUGUCGGGUGAAUUUUCUUCGACCUUGGAAUGCGAUGAGGACGAGGCCCGCAGUGGUGGUGAGCAAGUCAUGACAUCCAAAGAUCGGUUUUACAAGCUCAACUGCCAUAUCGACGGCUCCACGAAUCAUCUGCGGGAUGGAAUCCUUGCAGCCCUGAGCGAGAAGCUGGAGAAGAAGUCAGAUGUCUUGGGUCGCGACGCUACUUAUACGAAAAAGUCCAAGAUUUCGCGUGCCCCCAAGUACUUGACGGUUCACUUUGUACGAUUUUUCUGGAAGCGAGAGACACAAAAGAAGGCCAAGAUUAUGCGAAAAGUCACUUUCCCCCAGGAGUUGGAUAUUGUCGAAUUUUGCUCGGAUGAGUUGAAGAAGGCGUUGAUACCCGUGCGUGACAAGGUUCGUGAGGUGAGGAAGGACGAGGAGGACAUUGAGCGUGCGCGAAAGCGGCGCAAGAAGAACAAUGUGCAGGACGUGGGGGACAUUGCCGGUGGAGCCGGGUUGCCCUCGGAAAGGGAAAAGAAGAGCAAGGGGCAGAAGGAGGCCGAGAAAAAGCCCGAGAAGUCUGCUGAUGGUGACGCGGAGAUGGGCGAGUCUUUCAAGACGGACGCGGAAGUCGACGCAGAGAAGGAUGCCGCACUGCUGGCCGCCAAGAAGGAACUGAACGCGUUGAUCGACCCGGCGCUUCGAAACGACGACGGGGCAAACCAGUCUGGCCUAUACGAGCUCCGUGGUGUCGUCACUCAUCAGGGUGCCAGCGCAGACAGCGGCCACUACACCUCGUACGUCAAGAAGUCAGCGCCCGUUGAUCCCAAGACUGGAAAGAAGGGGGAGGAGGACGGCAAGUGGUGGUGGUUCAACGACGACAAGGUGACCGAGGUUGCUGUGGAAAAGGUCGAAGCGUUGGCUGGGGGUGGCGAGUCGCACUCUGCGCUGAUUUUGCUGUACAAGGCGGUUCCCCUGCCUUCGUCUGAGGGAACCAUGGAGUAG